AUGACACUUCUGUCUGCUGAGCAACUCCGCAGCUGCCUGGGCGUGGCGCCCAGGCAACUGGGCAAGGGCGGCUACGGCACCACCUUCCUGAACCUUGAGAAGGAGCUGGUGGUGAAACAGGCCCAGAGCCUCGAGAAGUUCCGCACCUUCAUCGUGGAAGCGAAGGCGAUGACGCUGCUGGCCGAACACGACGGGUUCCAGCGCCUCGUGGGCGUGUGUCCGCAGAGGAUGUGCCUGGUCACCAGGUACGCCGGCCACACCCUCGACGCCCACGUGCUCGGCCGCAUGCACACGGAGCAAAGGAUGUCUGUUGUGAGGCAGGUGUGCAACAUCGUGCAAAGCAUGCACAAGCAAGGCCUCGCCCACAACGACAUCAAGCCAGCUAACGUGUGCGUGCGGAUGGGCGCGGGGGGAGCCCGGGUCACCGUCAUUGACUUCGGUCUGACCAUGGUGGCCGGGACGCUGCCGAGGCUGCAGAUCAAGUGGAACCCGCGCCUGCCCUACGCCCCCGAGAUCUGCGGGAGCGAGAGGGCGGGCCCGUGCGGCAGCCUCUCCGACGCCUACGCCGUGGGCAAGCUGCUACUGUUGGUGUUCAGAGGAAAGCAGCAGAUGCCGCAGCCGGUGAGGCGCUGGUUCUUCGAGAGCCAGAAGCUGAUCCCGAGGGAGCGCCAGGGCCUGGGCGCGCUGCUGGAGGCCCUUGAGCGGGAGAGGAUCCGCCUGCACCGCCGCUGA